CCUUUCCUUCUGUACUCUCAAUUCCACCAAUUCACACAUACACAUAACUAGCCAUGGGUAAAGCCAAACGCACACGCAAGUUCGCUGAGGUCAAGCGGAUGAUCAACCCGAAGGAUAUGCGUCUGAAGCAGAACCAGAAGAAGAAGGAGGAGGUGAAGAAGAAGGAAGAGGAGAAGCAGAUCAACCACGUGCAGCGCGAGGCGUCAAACAUGUUCUUCAAGUACAACACUGCGCUCGGACCACCGUACCACGUAAUUGUGGAUACCAAUUUCAUAAACUUUUCGUUGCAGAACAAGCUGGAGCUGGUGCGCGGCAUGAUGGACUGUCUGUACGCCAAGUGCAUCCCGUGCAUAACAGACUGCGUGCUGGCGGAGCUGGAGAAGCUGGGCCCCAAAUACCGCAUUGCACUCCGGGUGGCCAGGGAUCCGCGGUUUGAGCGGCUGCCGUGCACACACAAGGGUACGUACGCUGACGACUGCAUCGUGCAGCGCGUCAAUCAGCACCGGUGCUAUAUUGUGGCAACUUGCGACAAGGAUUUGAAGCGCAGGAUCAGAAAGAUUCCUGGCGUGCCCAUCAUGUUUAUUGUCAAUCACAAGUAUACUAUCGAGCGACUGCCGGACGCGUACGGGGCACCCAAGCCGACGGGCAAGUGAGCAAGCGCAGCUGUUCCGGCGAUGCACGGCGAUAUCGGAGUGAUUCGCCAGGGGCGUCGACAGGAGUGCGUCUGGGGAAGCCACGGUGAUCUUUUGCAUGUAAAUGGCAGGUUUAUUUUUAACGUCGUGUUUGUUUACAAAUUUGCCGAAAGGAACUGAGAAGAUGGAUGGGGACUUGUUUCACUGACGCAAAUACGGAAGGAAAGAAAAGUGAGGAUAUGUGAGAA